ACAUUGCAAGCAGAUGCUUUAUCUCUGAGCCACCAGGUCUCCCAAAGCAUUUAUCAAAUGCGUUCAAGGGCUACCACCAGCACCUUCUGACUUCAGGCCCAAGCUUCUGUCCCUACAGCUGUCCUCAGAGGAAGAAAAUUGGCAAGAAGGCUCUUUCAUGCUGAAGUCAGGCAUAAAGUAAAUAACUCUGGCUCACAUAAACCAGAAAAAGCAUGGGAGGACCCGCCAAGGCAUAGAAAUAUGAGGCCUGUUAGUUUCUAACAGUCUUUAUUAAUAGAAGUUGCCUCGAGGCACUUUGAACCCUGGGGACCCAUUCUCACCCAACACAGAAUGUUUUCUCAGUUCCUGACUUCCUCUGCGGUUUGCCGGUAUUUUCUUUUUCAGUCUAAAACUAGUAAGCAAACAAGAUAAGUUGUCAUUUCCUCAUUUCCAAGCCCCACUCCUCGUGGGGGCCCAGAAAUCUCUUUCAAGCAUCAGACGGUGCAGGGCUCCUGGGUGAGCAGCAGGCCUCUGUCCCCACUCUUUGGGUGCCCUUGGAUGGGACCUUGCUCUGGAAGGAGCCAUGGACCUGUGGCUUUGGGCGCUUUACUUCCUUCCAGUUUACGAGCCAUCCUGGGAAGAAGCACCGACGCCUGAGCCUCCAGCAUGGUUUCAUAGGUUUCUACAAAUGCACAUGCCUCCUUGGUUCCAGAUGCCUGCACAUGCCAGUUCUUUAGAAUUCAUACCCAAAGUAACCACACCAGCUCAAAGGACCGACUCUCCUCAAGCACACCAGGCCUCCCCCACCCCCUCAGUCACCCACAGCCCCAGAGUUUCCAGGGCAUCUUCAGUAGCAACUGCUGAGCCCACCAUCUUCCUGCCAUCCAUCACAACCUCAAAAACCUCAGCUCAGAAGGGGCUGCUCAGACUCCAGACAGCCAGCUACAACCACCAAACCUGGCUUCACAGACAGAGAGCCUCCAACCAAGGCCCGGGCGCUGUGUCUGGGAUGGAAGACCAAGGUGUCUUCGUCCUGAUCCCCACCAUCCUGGGUCUCAUACUCCUGGCGCUUCUGGGGCUGCUGGUGAAAAGGAUCGUUCAAAGACGGAAAGCUCUCUCCAGGCGGGUCCGCCGACUGGCCGUGAGGAUGCGCACGCUGGACGCCUCCCAGCCGGCCCUGUCCCGGCGGCCGCGCGUGUGCCGGCGGCCGCGCACCCCGAGCAAUAUCUACAGCGCCUGCCCUUGGCGGCCCCGCGGGGUGGACGCGGCUGGCCCCGGAGCGCCCGCAGCCUCCGCCCCGCCUCAAAUAAGCCCCGCCCCGUCGCAGGUACCUGAAAUUCCCUGGCCCCAUGUCCCAUCUCUGAAGAUCGACUGUGAAUAUGUAAGCUUCUGCCACCAGCCUGCUGCCAAGGGAGAGGACAUGGAUUCCGAUGACUACAUCAAUGUUCCCUGCCUGACUCACCUCUCCAGCUGUGCCCCUGGGCCCAGACCUUGGUGUCAAUGAGUUUUGUCUGUCUGCUGGUUCCCAACACCCACUCCAUCUGUUUUCAGAACCCUCAUGACCUCCCGCACCCCACCUCAAGUCUCGUCCCUGCCUAUUUGCCCUGAGCACGGAUCAGUCUCCCCCGCUUCAGCUCUCCUUACUUUUACUUUUGAGCCCCCGGUGGUUUUCAGGUGGCCUCUGGGAAUGCAGAGCAUUUGCCCUGUUGCCACCUGCCUCCUUUCCGAGCCAUGUGACAGACUAUGGACUUGCAGAGUCUUUUUGAUCAUAGGGUCCUUGCUCCCCUGGCUCUAGACCACAUGGCCUUGGACUGGAGUGGAGGCAUAGCUGUUGCUUUGAAAGCCCUUCUCAACCUUGAGUUCCCCACUAGCAGAAGGUACCUGGACUGCCCUGUGAAGACACACUUCAGCCCUGAGCUAGGAAGGGACCUUGGUAUGAAACACCCCUGAGAACCUCUUUGCCCCAGUCUUAGGGCUGGCACUUACUAGUGAUCUUCGGAGUCGUAUGGUGAGGGCAGGUUAUUUGGAUGUGAUGAAGGGUUGUAAAUUUUCAGAACCAUCCUUGUUAGUGUUAGUGACAUAUGUGGAUACCCUCUCUAAGUCUUCAUCCCUUGAUCCAUGUAAGAACCCUGACUCCAGCGUUUUCUCUCUCUUAGAAAUGGAGUAGCUUUUGUUAUCUAUUUAUCCUUGCUCCAUAGCCUAGCACUGAAAUGUGUGCAUCUAUCUUGGCCUUGGUCUAUUUGAGCUAUCCAAAGCCAUUACAGCUCUCUGCUUUCAGAAAUGCACGUCCUGUCUGUUCCAGUCCAAGUGGCUUAUGGCCAGGUGGGCAAGGACAGUGAUCUGGGAUUCCUGGAGGGCCCAUUGUCCUGCUAGGGCACACGUCAUGGAAGAAGAGACAGUGCACAUCCUACAUGUAUUCAUCCUCUUAAGUGUUCUGAAUGGGGGCAAGUUAGGCAGACACUGUCUCUUUGGAUUGAAAUCAGAGUUCAACCAGAGCUGGAGAUUAGAGGAUGAGCAGUCUUGCUUUUAAGGAGAGGGCCUUUCCCAGACACACAACUCAGCCUCACGGGGCACUGGUCCAGUGCUAGGAAGCAAAGGCUCACGAGGUCCCUGCCUUUUGAGCAGGGAGUGUCCUCACAGAUGGGACAGUGCGUCCAGGCAUGAGGACAGCAGCCGCAGUGUCAGCUUGACACGGGCACCCCCAGGUGGGGGACAAUUAAGAUGAGUAGGA